AUAUUGUUCCCUUUUGUGUGUAUCAUUUGGUUCUCUUCCAAAUAGGAGGAGAAUAUUAUGUUGUAAAUAUGAUUAUUUGUUACUCACAUUUGACAAUUUGCAACUGUUUUAACCACCAAAAAGUGUAACAAAACAUAUUCACAUCUGUAAAUAUUCAAGUAUCUCGUAAUUAUAUUUAUGUCAAGCUUUCUAUGUUGGAUGAUCUUGUGAAGAAAUUGAACCCUUAUGUUCUCUGUUCUCAUAAAAUAAGAAUGUAAACAAAUUUGCCAUGUCCAAAGAGUAACUGGUACUUUUGCCUGCUUACACACAACAAAUUGUUACCUUUUUUAUUCAAGAGUUGAAGCUUGUGUUGUGGUCGAUGAAGGAUUCAAAGUAUGUUGAUUAGGUCUUCAAUCAUUCUAAAUUUGGGGUUUGUUUUUUGGUUUUUUGGGAUAUCAAAUUUUCUGAGUAGUUUAUCACUUUAUUGUGCCAUUAAGUGCUAAUGGUGCAAUACUACUUUAAUAAAGAUGUACUUGUUUGGGCAAUUUAGGGAGCAUAUUAAUUUCGAGACUGUGUAAGCAAAUAAGUUGACGUAAAACUAAAAUACAUAAAAGCCUUACAAUUUCUAAUGUGAAAGUAGAAUAUAACAAAAUUUGAAAUGUGGAAGUGAAUUAUGGACCAGGAAUUUUUUAUUUUGAUAAUAUUGGAUGUGUUAUCGAAAGUAUAGUCAAUUGAUGAUAACAUACCAAAUUGUAAAAUAAAAAAAAUAAAAAAUAAAAUAAAAAAGAUUGAAACUACAAUUUGUGGACUGUAGUAUUAUAAUCUAUAAAAGAAAAAUGAUAUUUGUAACUUUUGAUGUGUUAUACCAUUUUAUUCCGCUUUCUUAAUUAAUGCAAUAUAAAAGCUAUAUGUUCAAGAUUUUACUAUAUUUAAAGUGUAGACUUAGAGUUGUCCGUUUCAACGGAGAGAGAGAGAGAGAGAGUAUUAAUUCCAGACAGAUGGCAAGAUAACCGGGAAACAAGAACAUUGAAAUUUAUAUACCACAGAAUCUCUCUAUAUUUCCAACUCAUCUUCCUCCUGAUCGAAACAUUCAUCAAGUGAUCAAACAACUUCUCAAUCACUCUUUCGAUUUGUGUGUGAAAAUGGGGAUGAAGUUAUAUGGAAUACCAGCGUCGACAUGCACUGCAAGGGUGAUGGCAUGCCUCUAUGAAAAGGGCGUAGAUUUUGAGCUCAUCCCAGUUAACAUGGGUGCCGGUGAACACAAGCAACCUGCAUUCCUUAACAAGAAUCCCUUUGGCCAAAUUCCAGCGCUAGAAGAUGGAGAUCUCACUCUUUUUGAAUCAAGAGCAAUCACAGCAUACAUAGCAGAGAAAUACAAAGACACAAGCUAUGAUCUCAUAAGACACAAAAACCUCAAAGAAGCUGCACAAGUCAAAGUAUGGUUAGAGGUAGAAUCCCAGCAAUUCAACCCUCCAAUCUCCGCCAUCAUCUUCCAGUGCUUCUUCGCCCCAAUGUACGGCAUGAAAACCGACCAGGCAGUUGUUGACGCCAACGUGGAGAAGCUCGGGAAAGUGCUCGACGUGUACGAGGCCAGGCUGGCGAAGUCCAAGUACCUCGCCGGAGAUUUCUACAGCUUGGCAGAUCUCCACCACCUCGGUUUCACUCAUUACCUUUUCAAGACUCCUUAUGCGUCGGUGUUCAACGAACGGCCACGUGUCAAGUCGUGGUGGGAGGACAUUUCGUCGAGGCCGGUUUUUAAGAAAAUUUCACCGGCGAUGAGUUUUGGAGACAAAUGAAAUGAUGGUGGUAGUACGUGGAAGUGAAGGUUUUUCAUGCAUGGUCUGCAUUGAAAUAAAACAAUGAAACAGUAGUAGGGGUACAGUUUCAUUGUGUUCUUUAGAGGUUUUUUUUUUUUUGGUUUUGAAUUUGUGCAAAAAAAUGUCAUCAGAAUUUUUUCAAGAUUUCAUCUGAUACAAAUAAGAGUAGUCUGCAAAAUUGAAAAUUCAUAAUUUUGGAAAGUGAAGUUGAGCCUGAAAAACAACAGAAUAAUAUGCACAUAGGGGAAAGAAAAAAUUGGUGAUUUUAUUAUAAAGUAAGAUGCACGCAAUUUAACCUUUGUUUUUAGGGAAGUUAU